AUGCCGGAAGUUCGUUCUGCAACUAAGAGAAACAAUGAGGCUCUCAACGUUCUCUCCUUUGGCUCUUUCUAUUCUCCUCCUUUAUAUGUUUCAGACGCAGAAUUGCGCUGCCAAAAAGGCAAGAUUUCUUACAUAGUUUACAUGGGAGAAUCUUCAUUUUCCCCAUCAUUAUCAUCAGGAGAGAAAUCAUUUUCCGAGUCAUCGUUGACAACAUUAGAUGUUAAAGCAAUGACAAAAGCACACUUUGAUCUGCUUGGGACAUACUUAGACAGCAAACAGAAGGUUGAGGAUCAUAUGCUUUACUCUUACACUAGAUGUAUCAAUGGUUUUGCUGCAGUUCUCGACGAAGCUCAGGUUGCAGCACUUAAUGAUAAUCCAGGUGUGGUAUCGAUUUUUGAGAACAAAGAAAACAGAAUGUACACAACACAUUCAUGGGAUUUUCUUGGAUUUGAGAAAAAUGGAGUACCUUCUCUCUACUCGCUUCAGAAGAAGGCAAACUUUGGAGAAGAUAUAAUUAUUGGAAAUCUUGACAGUGGUGUAUGGCCGGAAUCUAAGAGCUUUGACGAUGAAGGGAUGGGUCCUGUGCCAUCAAAAUGGAAGGGGACUUGUGAUGAUGGAGGUGGAGUAACUUGUAAUAAAAAGCUUAUUGGCGCAAGGUACUUUAACAAAGGUUUUGCUGCUAACAAUGGCCCUGUACCAGAAGAGUGGAAUACGGCUCGUGACGAUGCCUCAGGCCACGGGACCCACACCUUAUCAACUGCUGGUGGUAGCUAUGUUCCUGGAGUAAAUGUUUAUGGUGUUGGGAAUGGAACUGCUAAGGGUGGAGCGCCAAAAGCUCGUGUAGCUACUUACAAGGUAUGCUGGCCUUCCGCUAAUGGUGGAUGCACUGAUGCUGAUAUCUUGGCUGCCUAUGAUGCUGCCAUUUCUGAUGGAGUUGAUGUGAUCUCGGUGUCACUGGGCUCUAACGAGCCUUUACAAUUUUAUGAAGAUGGAAUCUCCAUUGGCUCCCUCCAUGCCAUUAAGAAAGGCAUUCCAGUGAUUGCUGCAGGAGGCAAUAAUGGACCAAGUGACGGAUCCAUAACAAAUGGGGCUCCCUGGUUGUUCACAAUUGGUGCUAGUACAAUGGAUCGUGAGAUUUUUACCACUGUUACGCUUGGCGACAAGAAACUUUUCAAGGGAAAAACUCUGGCAAGUAAAAACCUGCCGGAUGGAAAAUUAUAUCCACUAAUUAACGGUGCAGAAGCAGCGCUUGCCGAAGCAACACCUAGAGAUGCGCAACUAUGCUUAGAUGGAACUCUUGAUCCCAACAAGGUUUCUGGGAAAAUCAUACUGUGCCUUCGAGGACAAAGCCCGAGACUACCGAAGGGAUACGAGGCUGAGCGUGCUGGCGCUGUUGGGAUGGUAUUAGUUAAUGAUAUUAUAUCUGGGGACGAACUUUACUUGGAAGCUUAUGAGCUCCCCUCUGCCCAUAUCACUUAUGCUGAUGGUGAAUCUGUCAUGGACUACAUCAAAGCAACCAGAAAUCCUACAGCAUCAAUUAGCCCUGCAAUUACAAAUUUUGGAGUAAAGCCAAGUCCAGCAAUGGCCAAAUUCUCAUCAAGGGGACCUAGUAAAAUUGAGCCAGCAGUACUUAAGCCUGAUAUCACCGCACCUGGGGUCGAUGUUAUUGCUGCUUUCACCGAAGCUAUGGGGCCAUCUAGAAGACCAUUUGACAAGCGCCGGACUCCUUACAUGGUAAUGUCUGGCACUUCGAUGUCAUGUCCUCAUGUUUCCGGCAUUGUUGGCCUUCUUAGAGCUAUCCAUCCAGAUUGGAGUCCAGCUGCUCUUAAAUCUGCAAUCAUGACAACAGCAAAAACAAAAUCUAACAACAAGAAGAGAAUGCUUGAUUAUGAUGGACAACUUGCAACCCCAUUUAUGUAUGGUGCUGGACAUGUGCAGCCAAACUUGGCAGCAGAUCCUGGCCUAGUUUAUGACACAAACGUGAAUGAUUACCUAAGCUUCUUGUGUGCCCAUGGCUAUAACAAGACCUUACUGAACGCAUUCUCAGAUGGACCUUAUACAUGCCCUGAGAAUUUUAGUUUCGCUGAUUUCAACUACCCUUCAAUCACAGUUCCUGAUCUUAAAGGCCCAGUAACUGUUACCCGCCGAGUGAAGAACGUAGGGGCUCCAGGAACAUACACGGUUAGCAUUAAGGCACCAGCCAAGGUUUCAGUAGUUGUUGAACCUUCUAGCUUGGAGUUCAAGCAAGCUGGUGAAGAGCAACUUUUCAAGCUUACUUUUAAGCCUAUAAUGGACGGCAUGCCUAAAGACUAUGAAUUUGGGCAUCUCACAUGGUCAGAUGGCUUGCACCGUGUCAAGAGUCCUCUUGUAGUGAAGCAUGUGUAG